ACAGCCUCAUAGCCUCACGCGCAUCACUCACAGAGCACAUACACACACAGUGGUGUCUGUGCGGGCGCAGUAAUCGCACUUGACAAAGCUAGCACGCACGUCUGUAGCCGCCAUGGUGACCAUCACCGUGACAAGGAAGUCCCAGUCCUUCGUCGCGCCCUCCGAGCUGACGCCGUCCGAGAUGCUUGAGCUGUCGGCCAUCGACCGCGUACCGGGCUUACGCCACACCGUGCGGUCGCUGCACGUGUUCCGCCACAAGGACGCCGCCGACCGUGUCGCCUCCAGGCCGGCGGAGGUGAUCCGCGCGGCGUUGUCCCGCGCGCUCGUGGACUACCGCCCGUUCGCUGGCCGCUUCGUCGGCUCGGUGGUGGCCGGGGAGACCUGCGUCGAGUGCACCAACGACGGCGCGUGGUUCGUCGAGGCCGUCGCGGACUGCAGCCUCGACGACAUGAACGGCCUCGACUACCCACUCAUGGUCUCCGAGGAAGAGCUGCUGCCUGCUCCAGAGGAAGGAGUCGACCCUACCAGUAUUCCGGUUAUGAUGCAGGUGACAGAAUUCGCGUGUGGAGGAUUUGUUGUCGGGCUGAUAGCAGUCCACACACUUGCUGAUGGACUGGGUGCAGCACAAUUCAUCAACGCGAUUUCAGAGUUAGCCCGUGGGAUGGACAAACCUACUGUAACACCCGUAUGGGCUCGAGGCUUAAUACCGAACCCGCCUAAGCUUCCUCUUGGGCCACCGCCGUCCUUCCAGUCCUUUGGGUUUGGGCACUUCGCCAUGGAUGUGACCUCCGACCGUAUCGCCCAUGUCAAGGCUGAGUACUUCCAGGCCACUGGCCAGUACUGCUCAGCCUUUGAUGUCGCCAUUGCCAAGGUCUGGCAGGCUAGGACUCGAGCUGUCAGGUACAAUCCUGAGGUCGAGGUCCAUGUUUGCUUCUUCGCCAACACACGCCACCUCCUCACACAGGUGCUACCCAAGGAUGGGGGCUUCUAUGGUAACUGCUUCUACCCGGUCACUGUGACGGCUACUGCCGGGGAUCUUGCCGUCGCAGGGUUGCUUGAUGUGAUUAGGAUGAUUCGGGAUGGGAAGGCAAGGCUUCCCCUAGAGUUCGCCAAGUGGACUUCCGGGGAUGUGAAGGUGGACCCAUACGAAUUGACAUUUGAGCAUAAUGUGCUGUUUGUGUCUGAUUGGACAAGGCUAGGUUUCCUUGAGGCCGACUAUGGCUGGGGCGCACCAAGCCAUAUCAUACCAUUCACUUAUGCUGACUAUAUGGCGGUGGCUGUUCUUGGAGCUCCACCUGUGCCAAAGAAGGGGACUCGAAUUAUGACCCAGUGUGUGGAGGAGAAGCAUCUCAUGGACUUCAAGGAUGAGAUGAAGGCCCUCUUUUAGAGGCAUGGAUUAUAUUGUUAUGCUGCAAAUGUUAUGUGUCUGUGUGUAUGCUGGAUUAUAUUGGAAUAAAAUUCCUGUUGACCAGUAGUCGUGUUGGUCAGAAGAAACAUCAUGCUUUGCUUUAUUGGGUUAAGUCAGACAAAGCUACUCACUUAUUAUCUAUGUAAUGUGGAGAACAACUAUGAUUGAAAUGGAGGAUAUGUGUAGUUUGACAUUC